AUGAGUGGUAACCGUGGGAAUAUAGACAAGAAAGACGAAGAUAUUGGGAAGCUUGUCUUCAAGAGAGCAGGGAGGACAGUAGAAGUCGAUCCUGAAACAUUAAGGAAACCUCGAUUAUAUGUUCCAGUAAGGCAUGAUCCAUCUCCUUCACCUUCUGCUAAUCAAGGUGGAUCUCCGCUGGUUCAAACUGGUGGGCAUAGGCCUACAGUAGAGACUCCUAAGCACACAGCUACUACUCAAAAGUCUGACACCGAUGAGCAUGAUUCCGAAAAGAAUGAAUAA